GCUGGAUGAAGUGCGACUCGCUGCAAGUGCACUACAACACCUACUGUAGAGAUUCCCGUGCUUGCUGCGGCAUAAUGCAAGUUGAUAUUUCCAACCUCGAUACUGGCCUGAUUGAUGGGAGGGGUGGCUUGGACCUUACAACGGGCACGACGGGCGCCUAUGAUGAAGUACCCCAGGUCCCAUCUAAAGAUACUUGGAAAGUGGCGCUAUCGGCCCGCAAAGUGGGAAGUGUCCAGUGCAAGGACAACAAAGUCAACCGAGAUAUCGACGCGUAAUAAGAUCAAGUUCUUGAUGGCGUCCACCCCCGGCAUAUUAACUGGCUUCUUAUUGGUUCGGUUGACCUAGAAAUAGCGGCCCAGAUCCCAUCCAAUUGGCUCUCAAAGGUGCUGCGCCCUAUUGCUACCUCAGGCCAAUUUGCUAAUUUCCCUGAGCUUCGCGGGCUGGACUGAUGCGCCAUUGCACCAUUGCACCAUUUCGGUGGAUGUUGAACUCCCUCAUUGCAUGUUCGGCGGGUGUUUCGCAUCUCCACGUUUAUUGUGGUAUAAUCGGAGCGAGCAAACGACGCCGGCAGCUUGGCCGAUUGAGAUCUGCUUGUCCGUCGCGAAUUUCAAUGCAGCUGGUUUCGAAACGGGAAGAGAAGCGAAAUCAUACUCCGGCAACUGGAGGAUCGCGUUGUAGUAAGUCGCCGAAUGAACCGUUUCAUCGGGUCGAAACAUGAUAGCAAAGAAUCACAUCUCAGGUCUGCAUCGCUUGACCUGACUGCCGGCGUCUUCCUCUUGGUGUCCUGUCACUUCUACAUACAUCCAUUAGUAUCACAAUGGUACCUACAUACAUAAUAGUACAAAGUCAAUUGAAUCCACUAGUGCGG